AUGGAUUCUCAAAAAGGUUAUUGUAUUCACUGCAAAGAUCUCAUCUCAAAAAAUUCCCGUUCUAAAAUUCAACUUGAUUAUAACGACAAGCUUAUUGCUUCGCUUGAGAAAGAACUAGCAGAAACACUUUCCGAGGCUCAAAAAAUGAGGGAAGAAGUUAACGAGCAUCUUUCAAAGCAACAAAUAUCGAAUGAAGAAUCUACUAAAGAUGAAUGGAGCCUGAGUUCUGAUUAUGUAAAGCAGGGCAAUGAUAAAAGAGAUGAAUGGAAUGUGUCUUCUGAUCAAAAAAUUCCAGAUAAAGUUGAGAGCGAUGGAAAAGUAAAUUUAGAGCAAUUAAUCCACAAGUUUGAACUUUUGUUUGGUCGCGUGAAAUAUUUUACUAUUCUCAAAAAUCGGUCACCUAGCGCUAGUGCUCAAAAAAGUGGAUUCAUCACUUUUGAUCAUCCGUCGGCCUAUAGGAAAGCUAUCGAAACUGGUGAGGUAUGGGUCGACGAAGAUAAGAUUAAAAUUAGGAGGAUAAAGUUUCGAAAGUUUAAAGAAGAUUAG